GCUAGCUACAGCACAACUGAUUCGAGGAGCUUGGAAGUGGGGUAGGAGUGCCGUCGCAAAAAUUGGAAAAGUCAGCUUUUGUCUCUCUUUCGAAUAAAUUAUGGAGUUAAAAGUCGUCACACUGAAUUGCUGGGGUCUACCAUUCGGCAUCAGUAAGGACAAGAGAGAGCGAAUGCAACAUAUCGCCAAAGAAUUAGCCACAGGAGCUUAUGAUAUCGUGUCUCUUCAGGAGAUCUGGGUCAUGGAGGAUUAUGAACUUAUAAAGUCUGCAGUUGAAAAAGUCCUCCCAUACAGCUUCUACUUUAGAAUGGGUAUGUUGAAUGGUGGACUCUGCACAUUUUCAAAAUGGCCGAUUGUGGACACGUUUUAUCACCCCUACUCACUGAAUGGAUAUGCCCACAACGUUACCAUGGGGGACUGGUACAUCUCGAAAAUGGUGGCGCUGUGCAAGAUCGACAUUGAAGGGAUGGCUGUGAACGUCUAUAAUACCCAUGCCCAUGCUCUUUAUGCUCCGUCCAACAUCCCUGAAAAAGACGACUUCCUGACGCAUCGAUUGACCCAGCUUUACGAGCUCAGCGAGUUCGUGAGAUUAACUUCCGGGGGAUCCGACCUCGUGCUGGUGACGGGUGAUUUUAAUUCGGAGCCGUUCUCUCUAGCUACCAAGCUUGCUAUCACAAAUGCUGGAUUACUGGACUCCUGGGAGACAAGGGGAAAUAAAGAGUACACGGAUGGAAUGACGAAUGAGCGAUUGGACAAUCCUCUAGCCAUGUCCCAGACACUGUACUACAAGGAAACUGAUGACGGAGAAAGGAUAGACUACAAUCUCUACCAGUCCUUCGGUCCCUACACAGCCAGGUGCCUUCAAACCAUUCUCGCACUGCGGAAGAUUCCGGGUUCAGAUUUACACUAUUCGGACCAUGAGGGCGUUCUGUCAACAUUUUAUAUCACACGGUCACAAGAUAACCAAGGUCAAGGAGAUGGACCUGACCACAAUUCAAAUGAGGAUGGCGAUGGGUCGCCGCGGCAGCAACUUCCGGAACUCUUGAAAGAGGCCAUCUCGGUUCUCUCAAAGAACAUUGAGAAGGUCAAAUCAGAUCAGAUGUGGUCUCGUCUUAAGGCUCUCUCCUGUUUCUUCCUUCUCCUGCUCUCUGUAUCGCUGGGAGACGUCAGUCCGGUCCUAGCUUUCGUCUGGACGUGCGGUUUGACGCUUAUAACUGCUUUCUAUUUCUGCUUUGGAUUCAUCGUGGAAGAAUGCGAGAAGAAGACGGUAACAGGUAUCAUGGAAAGCAUGAAGGUCCGACUAAGCGCGGUUGAGAAGAGAAAGAUGUUAAAUGGGAAGUAAGCAGGGGAAGAUAAAUUACAAGCAUUCCAUCCAUUCAUUCGUUUUGGUGCUUACUUGUCUAUUUUUUUUUAUUUGGUCGUAAUUAUGAUGUGGGAAUUAUUUUUUAUUAUUUUUUUUAAUAUUCGGUCAGUUUGUAAAGGAUUACAAAUAAGGUAACUUUGCCGUUCUUGUAACUACCAUGAUAACAAUAGCUCAGCAACCAAUAACAAUCGAGGUUGCCAUUAUAGGUGCUAUCACGGCAAAAUACCAUAAUUGUAACUUUUUAUGAAAUGGGUCCAAAUUUUAUUGGUGACUUUGUGUUUAAUGAUUCAUUAUUACUACUAUUGUAUUUUGUUUUGAUUCUUGGAAGUGUGGUGCCAGUAAUAUGUUUUCGAUCGUGAAGUAACCUUGAUGGCCAGUGGGUUAAUGAUCACCUUGUUUGUGCCUUUUGGUAAUUCUCAUUACACAUUCUUCAGAGAGAACAUCAAGCCAUUAGACUUCUGGUUGAAGUAACUAAGUAUUUUGAGCAAAAUCAGGGAGAUUAAUCUAGCAAUCUGUACAGUGACAGUAAAACAGGGUAUGAAUUGUUUUUUUACUGUUCACAGUUACAUUGAUGUGUUUUAAAAUGUAAGAUAUUCUACAAAUUGAAAGGAAAGUUUUUGUUCACAUUCUUCACCACAUCUUAUCAGUAUUUUUUUGUCUUUCCUUGCAUAAUAAUGCAAAGCUGCAGCAA